GACUCACAUUUCACAACCCAAAAGCUUUGAUCUUUUUUUCUUCCCCAAAUUUCUCAGAAAUGGGGAUUUCAUGGAGCAGCAGCAGAAGGAGAAACAACUAUUACCAAAACCCACCACCGCCUCAGCCGCCACCGCCGCCACGUCAACUCCAUUACAUCUCAAGUUCUCAUCCUUAUUACUCAUCAGAACAUGCCUCUCUUUCUCCACCGCCACCGCCACCGCCACCUCCACCUCCACCUCCACCUCCACCUCCUCCUCCACCGCCACCUGGUCCUCUGGUUUCUGCCUCUUCUUCUUCUUCCUCUUUUUCUUUUACUUCAAAUAAUAACCACCCAUAUGCCAAUUCCGCCACGCCUUACACUCCACAAGGACCGCAGCCCAGAGCUCCUUACCCCACCCACCCUCUUCCUUUCCCGCCUCCGCCGCCGCAAACCCAUUACAGCUACGGCCAAUACAACUCCUGCAACCAUGGGAAUUCCAUGAUGGGGCGCUUCAGUUACAAUUACAAUUACAAUUACCAGCGGCCUUAUAAUUAUGGUGCCAGUCAGAGUAAUGGGUGGCCCGCAGUUCGGCCUCCGCCUCCGCCUCCGCCGCCUUACGUUGAGCAUCAGAACGCCAAGAAGGUUAAGAACGAUGUCAACGUGCGUAAGGACACGUUGAGGCUUGAGAUUGAUGAGCUGAACCCUGAUCAGCAUUUAGUGUCUUUCGUUUUUGACGCCAUGUAUGAUGGGAGCGUCACGGUUUUCUACUUUGCCAAGGAAGAGCCAGAGUGUAGGUUUGUUCCACUAUUUCCUGAAGCAUUUAUACCGGUGAGAGUUCCCUUUCAGAAGGGUCUUGGCCAAAAAUUUCGUCAGCCCUCAGGAACAGGCAUUGAUUUAGGCUUCUUUGAGUUGGAUGAUCUUUCAAAACCAUCACCUGGAGAAGAUGUAUUUCCCCUUGUGAUAUCUGCUGAAACAUGUUUGUCACCUGAUUCAACAGAUGAGCAUGUUGGUGAGCCUGCCCCAGAUGCUUCCCCUCGUAUGCAGAUUACUCAAGCUGUACUGGAAAAGAACAAUGGUGACCAUUUCCAAGUGAAAGUAAUUAGGCAGAUACUGUGGAUUGAUGAAGUUCGGUAUGAGCUACGUGAGAUAUAUGGAAUAGGAACCUCGACAGUGGAAAGCUUUGAUGACACUGAACCAGGGAAGGAAUGUGUGAUAUGCAUGACUGAGCCUAAGGACACUGCUGUGUUACCUUGUCGACAUAUGUGUAUGUGCACUGACUGUGCAAAGAAUUGCGGAUACAAUCCAAUAAAUGCCCUAUCUGCCGUCAACCCAUUGAGGAACUUAUAGAGAUCAAGAUAAAUAAAAGUGAGCAAUGAAGAUGCUUGUUUCUCCAUACUACGUGGAUUGUGGUAUGACUAUCGAAUUCUUUUUAUCUGUGUGUUUUCACUUGUAUAAAGGCAUUUUUGUUUGUUUUGUUUUGUAUAUUGUAAUUGCUACGUUGCUUUCUAAUAUUCAUGUGACUAUCUUUACAUA